CGAAAUCAGUUACGUUGCUUUCGUUUGAACGGAUGGUUGUGUUUGUCCACUAAAGUUGUAAGCCAACAUAAAGAAGUAUUGGGUUAAUGUUGUUUUUUCCUGAGUUUUCCAAAAUAUUGUGAAUUUUCAUUAUUUUAUUUAAAGGAAAUAAAUAUGCUACAACCUCGCAAAAUACGAAGAGCCGGAUUGAAUAAGUUACAUAAUAAAACACACUGCAGACUUCAUCUAAUGGAUUGGAAAAUUGUCUGCCAUAAAAAAUGGCUUAUUUUAAUAAUCGCAAUAAUGUCUAUGGAAUCUAGUGAUGCUUCUCCGGAGUUGGAUCACCUUCAUUCCGUCAGCCCAACACCCUUAUUACCAGAUCUUAAAAAUAAUGAUCACCGUAAUCCUGUGAACCCAACUAACAUUAUAUCAAAAGGUGGAGCUGAUGAUAUAACAACUGUUAUUUUGCUUAAUAAUGAUUUAGGCCGCGUGGGUGAUACCCACGGCAGAUUUUUAAAGCUACGUCCUGAAGUUGGACUUUUAACAUCAACUGCACGAACAUUUAUACAGAAUGGAAUAACAACUGAGUUUGCAACCAAGAUUGUAGGUACUGAACUAAAUAACGGAAGACUGUACGCACAAUAUCUCAAAAAACGAUCAAGAGUUCUUUACAAAAACGACAAUCCUUCUCCUGCGGUUUUAACAAGCUGGGUAGGAGAAAAAGCUUUCCAACAAUCACCUCAAUUUUUACAAAGUCACAAUGAUUUGUUUAAUAUGGAUGCAAAUGUUUGGCAGCAUAUUGACGAUAAUCUUGAAAUUAAGAAAAAUGACUUUAUAGGAAAUACCGAUUUUGUCAACGUACAGAGCACAAAACUAACCGAUCCUAUACACCCAAGCGAAAAAGAUGCAAAUCGUCCUGUUUUUCUACCGGAAGAAUAUGGAAAUAACCACAAACGGCAAUCAAUUCAUGUAAAGAAAGAAGAGUUGAAUACAUUUAAAAGUGUUCAGUCCUUAUCCGUUGAAGAUUUGGAAACAUUUACUGUUAAAAAUCAUAAUAUAAUUUUUAGUGAAGUUACUAUCGCAAGCAAUAAUUCCAAUCAUGACAUAAACUAUUCGAAAAAUCUUCAUGAACGAUAUGGUAAAAACGUAAACAGUAAUAUUUCAGAACCGGAAGAUGAAAGUAUUUCAAAAAUAGACUUAUCUACUGUAACCUACUACGGAUUUGCAGAGUUUACUACUAUGGUCGGCGACAGUGUCAUCGUUUUUUUGCCAAGUACUUUACAAGCUAAUCAACAUUUUGGACACGUAACUUCGAUUAGAGGAGUUCCUACACUGGGAUCUGAACUUGUCCAAACUCAAAUUAGUCAUGUCGUAAAGAAUACCCAAAUUUUGGUAAACAAAACCUCGGAUUUAGAAAGAAUGCACGAGGAAUACAUAGUUUCUUCCGAAAAUGUUCCAAUUUUUUCCAGUGUCUCUCCAAGCUUGGAUCAAAUGGUUGAUGAAAAAAUCCUUUUAAAGAACUCAAUAAAUCAAAAUAUAGAUACUGAGAUAACAUUAAGCUCAAAAAAUGUUACCUCGGUUCACCUUGCCCAAAACACAUCGAUUAAUAUUGGACAGUAUAACUUUACCAUCAAAGAAAUGAAGGAUCCUAUGCAUAAACUGAGCUAUUAUCAUCAAAAUCCGUCAAGUGAACAAGCACUGGGAGGUGCCACCACUAUUUUUUUAGAUGAUGAUCCUUUUACCAAAUAUAUUGCAAAAACCGAUUUGACUUAUUCUUCGCUCAAUGUGCAGCCAGAAAAAAGCUCUGUUAAAGUAGCAAAUAAAAUGAGUAUUAAAAUUAACGAACAUUUUGUUAAUGCCAAUAAAAACGAAAUUAUAUUAAAAAUAAAUUCAACAAAAUCAAAUAACAUAAAAGAAAAUUAUACAUCAUGCGAUCACACCACAUCGCAGGUAUUUUUUACUCAAAUGGCAAAGCUACUUUCUGAUAUGUCAUCUCUAGCUGGGGAUGAUGUUAUAAGAGAUAAUCCAAUUGCCAAUUUUGAUAUCAUAGAGACUACUAAAUAUUACUGUAUACAGGCUUCUCAGGUUCAGCAAACAACGGAUUUAGUUGAAAUUAAUAAUAUAAGUAAUAUUCAAAUUGAGCCUCACCGUAAAUCAAAACCAUUUGAUGUAAAUGAAACCACUUCCCUACAAACCGAAUACUACGACUUUACCAACGAAAAUGAGUAUGAGGGAGAAGAUGAUGAAUAUGAAGUCCCCGAUGACUUUGAUUUCAUUUAUAAAACAUUUUUUACCACUUAUACAUAUUUGACAACAUUUUUUGAAGGCUCCGAGAGCACUAUUUCUAGCCAUACAGAAAUUAUAACUAACUUAGUUUCUUCGAAAUCUAGAACUGAAGAAGAAUUUAUGACACAAAUUUUUAGCACAGCUAAGGAAAAUGAAGUUUUUGAAAAUAAAAACGACCAAUCAAAUCCAAAUAUCUCACAUGAAGUUUCUAAAUAUUCAUUACCAAAAGACCUUGUAAAUAUACUUGUAGAGCACAACUCAUCAAAAAAUAUUUCCGAAAUCAAAAAAAUAACUCAAGCGACCGAAAAUCUUGAUGAUUGGAAAUACACGAAAACUUUUUACACAACCUAUACAUAUUAUACGUCAAUUUUUUCUGAUAACAAUACUGAGAUCAUGUCGCGGACAGAUGUGAUAACUAGUUAUGUAACUUCGAAGCCUUUCAAUAAUCAUACUUAUAUAUUUACAGAACCAAAUCACAGUAACAGUUUGUCGAUAGCAGAAACAAAUGAGAUUACAACGUCUACAAAUAUAAUUAAAAAUGAUAAAUUUAUGACAUCUAGUUACAAUAUAAGCAAUGAUUUCUUAUAUCAGGAAGAUCAAGUUAGUUCGGAAAGCAAUACUGAGGAGAUAAUACCAUCUGCUACUUUACUUCUUCAAACCAGUUUUACCACUUUUACGUUCUACACAACAAUGUAUGUCGGCAAUGACACAAAUAUUGUUAGUCGCCUUGAGACUGUGACAAAUAUAGCGACCGGAAUAUUGCAACCAUCAAAAACCCUUCAAGGUGAAAAUGUCUUUCCGGUUACAUAUUUCACAACAUUUACAUAUUGGACAAAGUUAGCCAAAGAUGGUGAAAUUUCAACAAUAAGCAGAGAGGAAACUUUAUCUAAUAUAGUCUCACCUACAAAUAUCUCACAAGAAACAGUAUAUACAUCUUCAUCUAAAAUAUCCAAAAAUAAAAAAAAUCAAGAUUAUGAUAUUACCACAAAUAUAACUGAUGUUUUAAGCACUUUACACCAGUCCUCAGAUUUUGUAACUUACUACACAACUUAUACGUAUUAUACCACUUCAUAUGAAGGAAAUGAAACUUUUACCGAUUCGCGUUUCGAGACUUCAACUAAUGUUGUGACAAGUAAUCAAGUGUCUUUAUCUACACUAGAAACUGAAUUUGCAGUUCCACAAAAUAUAUAUCCUUCAACCAAAAAUUUGCAAGCACUAAGUACUUCUGAGAAUCAAUUAGUUUUGUUUGACUUUAAAAAAAUAAUUGAUGCUGAUGAAGUGAGUACUUUAUAUUUUACAACAGAAAUUCUAUCAAAAGUGAAUGACGAUGGAUUUAGUAUUGAGAUAACAAGCAGCACCUCAAGAUUAAAAAUUGACGAAUCAAAAAAAAAAUUUAUAUCUUCUACUUCUAUAAAUAAUGGCCCCGAUGAAACCUCAUCAAUAUCUAGAUUGCAUAAAACUGGAUUGCUUAGGAUUAUCGAAGGCAAACGAAUCCAAAAUAAUACCACAACUGUGUACCAAUCAAAGGUUAUUGGAACGGUUAUUAGCAAUAGAUAUGCGCAAGUCAUUGAAAGUACAUCUAGUUUUUUGUAUGAAAGUACUUUUUCAGAUAAUUUCAUAUUCCCAACUAAAACAACAGCAAUGGAAUAUUCUAUUUCAACUAAUGAAAUAACAACAUUAUCCCAAAGCUCGAAAAAUUAUUCUGAAACUAUAAUAGAAAAUCUGAGUUCUCAAAACGAUGAAUACACGGAUCCGCUACAAACAUUGAAAAGAACUUUUGCUCCUGUAAUACGACCCUUUGCUUCACGAAAUAGACCAACUUUUGCCCCAAAACAAAAAAACCAAAUCUCCAUCAGCGCAACUAUUAUUACUAGAUCCGAUAUAACUCCAACUAUAACGGCAACACCUGCUUUAAAAAUAGUUGGUAAAUACAGCUCUUCCCGCCGCGGAGCCUUUCCUAGUGCGUUGAAAAGCCCGAACGACUCCAGUUUUCAUCAAUCUCAUUCGACUAAACGAUUUUUUGGUCGUCCAUCAAAACUAACAACAGAUCUGCAUGGAAUCUCUGAAUCGAACACUGUAUAUUUUGCUUCAAGAAACAGAUUCUCAUCUUCCUUGCACGCAACUCAAAAUUUAAGUACUAAGCGGCAAGAUAUUAAUAUUUCACAUCGUCCAACUAAAACUGCUUUUUGGGGCUCAUCAAUAUUAUCCAAUAUUCGUAUUAGGCCAAACAGCUCUCUUAGUAAUGGGGGCUUACCAACACAAAUCCUCGCCCAUGACGACUUUUCUUUAGAUAGUAGCAUUGAAGAAGGUAACUCAACAGAAGUAAGUGAAGAAUUGGAAUCUACAAAACGCAAUCAAAAUCAAUUACUGCGGCUUCGUCGACCUGUAAAUAGACCAAGUGGAUUUAUUGCAUCAACAAAAAAUUUAGGAAAUACGCCAGUAACUUCGUUUAGAAGGAAUCCAUUGUUAGCACGUUCGAAAUUUUCAACCACAACUAGUACAACAACUACAACAGUCAAACCUUCGCCACGUAGUUUUCCCCGUCCUAUUGGUCUUCAAGCUAGAUCAAGGUCUCAAAGUAAUCUAUUUCCUCCACGCGGACUUUUCCAGCCACAGCAGAAAGAAGAACACCCCAUAGACAUAAAAAAUGCUAACUUUUCCGAAAAUAGUUUUGAAUUAGAUAGUGAACAUGGAUACGAUAAAACCGAAAAUAGUAAUGGUAAAAGGCAUCGAAAUAAACGGUCAAGCAAAAUUUUACGCUGCCAUACCAGACGACGUCGUCAAUCGGAGGCAAAAUCUAGGAAUCCAUUUAGGUUUCGUCGUCAAAACUCCACGAUAUCUACCCCAAGGGAAGAGGGUAAGCAAGCCAACUAUGAAGAGCUGGAAGAAUCAAACCAUUCUCUAGCUAAAACAACUUCUCGUUUUGGAUCCAGAUUUCAUUCUCCACGAGGAAAUCAGAUGCACUCUCAAGGUAAUAGUUUCAACUCCACAAUUGUUAUAACGCAUAACACAAUUAGACCAACUCGUCCAUCUUCCAAGCGACCUCAGUUUACCCUUAGAGAAAAUGAAAAUUCUUUUAAAAGCAAUACACGAUCAGGAUCACAAAGCAAUUUCCGUCGCCAAUCAGGUAAUGCUUCGACUAGGCGCCCAAUUAGCUCCAACCAAAGUAGUAGCUCUACCAAUAAAAGAAUAAAAAGUUAUAAUAAUUAUAAUAAUAAGAAUAAUGGAGAAUACGGACGAUUACCUCAUAUGACACGUUCCAGAAACAUUAACACUAAUACGUCUAAGCGAGGAAGGGGUUCUGUCCGCAGUCGAACUAGGGGCGAGUAUGCCUCCGACUUUAAAAUUGAUGAGCAGGAAGAGAAAAUAAUCACAGUUACACAUUUUAUACCAUCUGAAGUAACGGUACCUUUCAUAAAUGGCUAUACAACAGAUUAUAAAAAUAUUAUAACUGCUAAAACCAGUACAGAACUUGUGGGCCCGAAUCAAUAUACCAAUGUUGUCGGUAAUAACGGAUUGACUUCUUUAUACCUUAAAAGGGAGGAGUCUAAGAUAAAUGAUGCCGGGUUUACAGAGCAUACCAAAUACCUUUUGCAUGAAUCAAUCACAAGUACUGUAACAUUUACACCCACUACUAUACGCGGUCGAAAGACAUCGUUUUCACACAUUCUUCCAUCGACCGGAUACUCUGUAGAAUAUCUUGUAUCUACAAUACAGCCCCAAAUUUCAGCCAAUGCACCACUAGCGAAUAUAUUACUAUCGCAGUUACUUUUAGGAAAUUUAAAUUUGCCAGCUCAUCAUUUAAAUGGUCAGCAACAAAAUUUCAUAUCACCAGUAGUUACAUCUUCUGCUGAACCUAUUACUGAAUAUCGAACUCAUACAUCAACAUAUGUAACUACGAUUUUUGAUGGAAAGUCCACUAUAUUACCAAUAACGUUUCAGGGUAAAAAAAUUCUGACCACUGUAUAUGAUACGACUGCACAAACUAUAACAGCUACCGAAUAUAGUGUAGAUACAAUCGUAAACACUCCAUCAAUGGUUGAAAACAUACAGUCUAAUGGACCAGCAGCAGUAAACAGCUUGUUGCUACAACAGUUGUUGCUCCAACAACAACAGGAGCCGUUAUCCUUACCUCCAAUACUUUUAAAAACUGAAACACCUCAAAUAACACAAAGUGAAAACUUUCAGGACUUGGAAGUAACCCGUUCAAAUGUCAGAUUCAUCGAUGACGUCGACUAUAUAGACAUACCAUCAAAUAAAAAUACAAUGCCAAUGUCUAAAAAUUCUCGCAAAAAAGAAAAAAAGGGUAGUCAUGGUCGUAAGCGAAGUAGACAUAAUGAAUUAGUAAUGAAUUCACAGGAUGCAAGUGUAAUAACCCUCUACGUAUCAGGGCGAAGACCUGGUGAAUUUAGUACUGUGUUAUCUACUGUACAGAAUACUUACGAUCGUUCUGCUUCCUUACAAAAGAGGCACAUUCAAACAACUAUUGCUUCAAAAGACUUAAAAAAAAACCAAGAUGCUAAAGAAUUAAAUUUUUUAAUGAAUACCUUACCAUGCUCAAUAAGAGGUAGUACAACUUCGUUGGAGGAUACUGUGGGUGAUGUAAGCAUUUGGUUAGAAACAUCGAGCAAGAAAUUAAAAUUGUUUUCAAUGGAAACAGAAUUAGCGAAAAUAAACAGUACUCGUACAUACAUAUUAAAUAUUUAAAAAAUAUAUCAAAAAAACAUUUUACGUUUAGGCAUUUUUUUAAAUCAUUUUUUAAAUUUUGGUUAACUAGAUUCCUCACAAAUGGAAGGAUCACUAGUCAAUAGCUAUCAAAGCUUCAAGAAAUUCUUUCAAUUAAGGUGUGAAAAAAAAGUGUGCAAGAAAAUUGAAAUUUUUUCUCUUUAUACUUGUAUAUAUAUAUACAAGAAUAUACACAUAUAUAUUGUAUUAAAAUUGUAUUGUUAAUUGUUAUGUUUUAAGUGUGUCUUUUAUAAAAUAUGAUUGAAAUUAUGAAUUGCAAUACGAUUAAAUCCAAUAAAAAUGUUUUGUUUAGCAACUAGUUUUGAUAAUAAAUUUGCAGUUUUAUAAUUGGAAAAUAAAAAAACUAUUUACAAAAAUGAA